AUGUCAGGAACAACGCCCUCCAGGGCCGCCGGCCCCUUGGAGCCUCACCCAGAUGAGACAACAUCACUGGUGAGGAAGCCUCUAUCACUCCAGUCUUCCAGCACCCAAGUCGAGGAAUCCGAGGCGUUCAACCUACCCGAGUAUAAGCUAUGGUUAUCCGAGCUCUGGCUUCUCACCAAGAAUGCCAUCCCCGUCAUAUUCGCCUAUACGCUCCAAAACUCGCUCCAGACCGGCUCCAUCCUCAUAGUCGGCCGUCUGAGUCCGGAAGCCCUAGCCACGGCCGCCUUUUCGUACAUGUUCGCCAUGUCCACGGCUUGGUUGAUCGCUCUGGGCGGUUCAACGGCUCUAGACACUCUUGCAUCAAGCAGUUACACCGGCUCCUCCAACAAACAUGAUCUCGGCAUCCUUUUGCAGCGCGGACUGGCAGUCUUGUCCGCAUUUUAUGCUGUCGUGGCUUUGAUAUGGACCUUCUCCGAGCCUUUGUUCCGGCUGCUUGGUCAGGAGGAGUACAUAUGCGUACAGAGCGCCAUGUUCCUUCGGCGCCUCAUACCGGGCGGUUUGGGUUAUAUCUGGUUUGAGUGCAUGAAGAAGUUCUUGCAGGCUCAAGAAGUCUACCGCCCCGGCACAUAUGUCCUUCUCAUCACCUCCCCUCUCAACGCCGCUCUCAACUACCUCUUCAUCCACAAACUCGGUCUCGGCCUGCACGGUGCCCCCCUCGCCACCGGCAUCUCGUACUGGUGCUCAUUCUUCCUCCUCGUCGCCUACGCCACCUUCGUCCGCGGCCAUGAAUGCUGGGGCGGCCUCUCCCCUCGUCGAGCGCUCUCCAACAUUGGCCCGUUCAUCCGCCUCGCUCUGCUAGGCAUCCUUCACGUCGGCACCGAGUGGUGGGCAUUUGAGAUCGUGGCUUUGGCUGCCGGCCAGCUGGGCACCAUCGCCUUGGCCGCGCAGUCUGUGAUCAUGACGGCCGAUCAGAUCAUCAACACGAUUCCGUUCGGCUUGGGCGUGGCUGCUAGUUCAAGGGUUGGGAACCUCUUAGGGGCGCGCAAGGUCAAGGAGGCAAGCAGGGCGUCACAUUGUGCGGUGGUGCUUAGCAUAGUUGCCGGGGCGUUGAUACUGACGGUGUUAAUGAGUGUUAAGGAUGUGUUUGGACGUCUGUUUAAUGAUGAUGAGAGGGUGAUCAGACUGGUGGCGGAUGUGAUGCCGUUUGUGGCGCUGUUCCAAAUUGCUGAUGGCUUGAAUGGAUCCUGCGGGGGCGUGUUGAGGGGAACGGGAAGGCAGUGGGUGGGCGCGGCGGUGAAUCUGGUCAGUUACUAUGGCGGUGCGCUUCCGAUGGGCAUUUAUCUUGCUUUCCACGGUUGGGGUCUCCGCGGGUUGUGGAUUGGGCAAUGUGUUGCGUUGUAUUUGGUGGGUGUGCUCGAGUGGCUGAUUGUUGGCAUGAGCAACUGGGAUAAUGAAGUCAAGAGAGCACUUUCGCGGCUAGAUGAUGGAGGGUUUGGGGAAAGUGGUGCUCAUGCUUAUACUUAUGGGGCUAUCGGGGAAGGCCAGGCCGAUGAUGCAGUGGGAGUGAGGCAUGGAGGAAGAAGGGAACCGGUGUGA